CACCAAGAACCCUUCGCGCUGCCUCGUUGGAAACCACGUGAAGCUAUUUUGUUUGGAAGAGAAAAACCGAUCAAUACAACAGCCCCGAAGAAGUUUUAUUGUACAGUACUGAUAUUCACGUCUCAGGAACAUCAUCUAGAAAUACACAGGGAAUUCGUAACCGGUUAG